GGGGAGGGAUCGAGGGCAGGGAGGGAUGGCAGGGGGAGGGGAGGGAGAGGAGAGGCGCUGCGCAGACCAUCAUCUCCCUCCCAGCAUCACGCACACCUCCGCACUCAACCCUCAAUUACUCUAUGUACAGACAGUCAUGGUGGGCACACGUGUGUACGUCGGGGGCCUGAGUUACCGGGUGGGGGAGCGCGACUUGGACCGUUUCUUCCGCUCCUACGGGCGGCUCAGGGACAUUGUCAUCAAGAACGGCUUUGGCUUCGUGGAGUUUGAUGAUGACCGGGACGCGGACGACGCAGUGUAUGAGAUGAACGGAAAGGAGCUGCUGGGCGGAAGGGUGACGGUGGAGAAGGCCCGGGCCGCCCCACGCCUCCGCUGGCCCCGCGCCCCUCCGCCACGGGGCUUCCACUCCAGUCGGUUUGGCAUGGCGGCGCGCACGGACUACCGCCUCACGGUGGAGAACUUGUCGAGCCGAGUCUCGUGGCAGGACCUCAAGGACUUCAUGCGCCAGGCUGGGGAGGUGACCUACGCCGACGCCCACAAGUACAGGAGGAAUGAAGGUGUGGUUGAGUUUGCUACCUACGCCGAUAUGAAGAACGCGCUUCACCGCCUCGAUGGGAAGGACCUGCACGGCCGCCGCAUCCGUCUCGUCGAUGAGUCAAAGUCCCGCAGCUCCAGGAGGUCGCGGAGGUCAAGGUCCCGCUCCUCCUCCCGCUCAAGGUCACGAUCAAGGUCCCGAUCAAGGUCAAGCAGGUCACGGUCCCACUCCCGCUCCCGCAGCCGCUCCAGGUCCAGGAGCGGCGGCCACGGGAAGAAGAGGCGCUCAAAGUCCAAGUCCCGCUCCAAGUCUGGCUCUCGGUCCAGGUCCAGGAGUGGCUCGGACCGCUCCAAGUCCAGAUCCAGGUCCAGGUCACGCUCCAGGUCCAGGUCCCGCAGUGCAUCCCCAGAGAAGAGAAAAUCACGCAGCCGCUCCAAGUCCGCCGAGAGAGAGUCCGAGUCCGAGGAGGAGAAGUAGGGCGGUGGGUCCGGGCAGCGUCCUUCACCGUGUUCUCUUAGUACAAUUGAAUCCUUGUCCCGCGGGUAAGGGGGGGGGGGAUAGAGGGGGAUGGGGAGGGGGAAGGACCGGCAAGGUUUUGGACCGGGCAAGAAUUCUAUUUUCUUGUUGUAUUUACCGAUAAUGUUAGCUUUUUUUUUUUUUCUGCCUCCUGUAUGUGUCUGCGGGGGGUGACUAUUGAGGUCAGGUUAGGAGGCAG